GCUGCGGCAGGAACCUCCCCUUUAACGGCGGCAACUCCGCGCUCUGCUGACCCCACAGCGGCUGCCGCUGCUAACUGCAGCUCCUGCUGCCUCCACCGCCGGCCUCGGGCAGCUGCAUCCUCGCCCGGGCUGGGUCCCCGCCCCGCCAUGGUGUCCUGGAUCAUCUCUCGCCUGGUGGUGCUCAUCUUUGGCACCCUGUACCCAGCCUACUCUUCCUACAAGGCCGUGAAGACCAAAAACGUGAAGGAAUAUGUAAAAUGGAUGAUGUACUGGAUCGUCUUCGCCUUCUUCACCACAGCAGAGACACUCACGGAUAUCAUACUGUCCUGGUUCCCCUUCUACUUUGAGCUCAAGAUUGCUUUUGUGAUUUGGUUAUUGUCCCCUUACACCAAGGGCUCCAGCGUUCUCUACCGCAAAUUCGUGCAUCCAACUCUGUCCAACAAGGAAAAGGAGAUUGACGAAUAUAUCACACAAGCCCGAGACAAGAGCUAUGAGACCAUGAUGAGGGUGGGCAAGCGGGGCCUGAAUCUGGCCGCCAAUGCCGCAGUCACAGCUGCUGCCAAGGGCCAGGGGGUGCUCUCCGAAAAGCUGCGGAGCUUCAGCAUGCAGGACCUGACUCUCAUUCGAGAUGAGGAUGCAUUGCCACUGCAGGGGCCUGAUGGCCGCCUCCGACCUGGCCCUGGGGGGCUCCUGGACACUAUUGAGGACUUAGGAGAUGACCCUACCCUGAGUGUAAGGUCCAGCACAAGCCAGGCAGAUCCCCGGACAGAGACCUCAGAAGAUGACCUGGGAGACAAGGCACCCAAGAGGACCAAAUCAAUCAAAAAAGUCCCCAAAGCUGAGCCGGUGGCUUCCAAGACGCUAAAGACCCGACCCAAGAAAAAGAGUUCUGGAGGAGGUGACUCCGCUUGAGGCCCCGCCUCCCCCCACCCUUGCAGCUGUAGGCCAAUAGCAAGCACUGGGGGGAGCUGCAGCCCUAGCCCCCCCUCCACAGUGGGCCAGACCCGAGAACCCCCUAGAUGGUUGUUUCCUGUGCCUCUUCCAGUGGACACUCCUCCAGAGGGGGCUGGGCAGAGAAGAGGGAGGCACAGUUGUCGGGUUGAGGCCAGAAGUUGAUGACUGAGCCCUUGAGGAGGUGGGGGUUUCCCGGCCAGCAUCGCUCUUCGGCUGCUCUAGCCCCGCCCCGCCCAACCCAUCCAGUGCCUUGCUGAAGACCAUGGCCAUCCCCCUCUGCGAGGCCUGCCAUGCCUCCACCGCUGUCUCUUCAAUAGGGGGUAGUGGCCACUGUCCAGAGAGACCAAGGAGGGGGGCCUUAAGGCACCUUGAGAAGGGGAAGAAGUGGGGAGGGGGCUGCUCAGGCCCAGCUCUGAGUGAAGACACGGCCUUGCCAGAACCGUAACUGUAGGGCUGUGUGCUCUCCAUACCACCAGAAAGAGGUGGGAUCCCAAGGCCACGCUUGCUGGCGAGGUUCAGCCCUGGGCUUCCUCUUUAUCCACCCCUGCUGGUCUCAGAACCUCAGAGGCCCCAGGCCUUUGACAGAAUGAGGCCCCAAGGGACUGUCCCCUACCCUUCCAUCCUUGGUCUAGGCUGGACUUCUCCACUCCCAGGGCCCACUAUGGAGGUCCUGCCAAGCUGGCUCCUCUCCUGUCAAAGGGACCCAUCCUACCUUGCCAUGGGGUCCCCUUCCUGUGCCAAGCAUACCCCUGUCAGAACCAACCUGGACCCCACCCCUGGCCCUGGGUCUGCUAGCUUCACUUAGGGCCAAGUGGAAUCCGUGAAGAAGGAAGAGGAGCUGAGCAGCUCCUGAUCCCACAGUGCCCACUGGAUGAGCCAAUAAACUAAACUCUGC